AUGAAUCAGAAGCAACACGUUGAAACCAUUGUGAUCAAGCAGAUAGACCAAGCUCGUAUUAAUUAUCGCAUUCUAUUAACUGCCGCACUUGAUUGCAUUAGAUAUUUAUUGCGACAAGGUCUUCCUUUUCGCGGCCAUGAUGAAAGCGAAAAAUAUAGCAAUAAGGGUAAUUAUGUGGAGCUUUUGCAAUUUCUUGCCGAUCAUGAUGAGAAAGUUCGUGUCAUUGUGUUUGAGAACGCUAUAGGGAAUCUCAAGUAUAUUGCUCCUAAAAUUCAAAAAGAUCUUGUCAAUUUUUGUGCCACUGAAACCAUUGAUGCAAUUAUUAGUGAUAUGGACGAUGCAUACUUUUCUAUAUUGGUAGAUGAAUCAUGUGAUGUUUCAAUAAGAGAGCAAAUGGCGGUGGUGUUGCGUUAUGUGAACAAAAAUGGGCAAGUAAUUGAAAGGUUUGUGGGUAUCCAAUAUGUCUCUGAUACGACUUGUAGCAAAUUGAAAGAGGCAAUUGAGCAGUUGAUUUCUUCAACAAAUUUGAGCAUGUCCAAGCUACGAGAACUGGGGUAUGAUGGUGCUAGUAAUAUGAGAGGUGAGCUCAAUGAUCUUAAAAUACAGAUUUUGAGAGAAUAUCCUCAAGCAUAUUAUGUCAAUUGUUUUGCACAUCAACUACAACUCCAAAUCAAGACAAGACAACUCCAAAUCAAAGGCACCUACAGUGAACGCGAAGGAGAUGGAGACUUUAAAGAUGUGAUAGAACGAGAGAGGGAGGGUUUGAACCAAGUGAGGUCCAGAUAG